AUGGCACAUAAUUCUGACAAUCAACCCAGGACCCCCACGCCACCAUAUCAUCCGUAUCACUCAAUCUCUGGUCUUGCAGAAAGACCUUCUCAGAAUGGGUACUCAGCUUCCGAUUGUUACCAACCUUUGGCAGACCACAACCGUCCUUUGCCGCACCCUCAACCUACUCUUAAUCAGACACACGGUCCAGUUCAGCCAGCUCGGCACACAUCUGCCUCUAGCUCUCAAUGGCUGCCUGAUAUGACCAUGCAGACAUUUGGUUCUGGUGGCAAGACGGCCAUGGGGUACGUCAUGUAUGACUCAUGUGUAUUGCAAUUGAAGCUGCCAGCACAACCCCCCAAUCAAUCUGAUCAAUCACUCUACCCCACAUCACCUUUCCCCCCUGCGCCUUGUCUUGGCCAAACCGCACAUUGUCAACCUUCAAAUGCCGUCGUAAAUCAGCCAACACCAAUUCCGCGUCCACCCAUGGCAGCACCAGCUGUCUUCAAUCCUACUGGUGGCCAAACCCGCUCUUUCAAUGGCAACAGGUUUCAAAGCUUAGGCCCUACAACUAACUUUGAGGGCUCCACUCGCAAUCAUCAAAACAUCUUGAACAUGACGUCUACCUUCUAUUCAAGUGAAUCGCACCAUGGCUACACUCAUCAUCAUGUGCCAGCAGCUCCGCCUCCUACCCACCACACCAAUCAACUUGAUUUCAAUCGUCUUGUCCACCAGCUUGCACCGUAUGCUCACAACAACACUCCUCCACCGGAUCCCACACCACCCGUCUUACCUGCUCCCCAGACACUUCAUAAUAGAGGUAGUUCUUUGUAUGUUUCGCCGAGCCCAAUUACCAACUCCCAGGGCUACGGUCUUAUCGACAAGUACUACGCUGCGGGCCCCUCAUCGCAUCAUCAAGUUCCCAAUCCACGGGCAAGCACUUACCAACGUCAACCAACGGUCCCUAUGCCUACUUGCUCAUCUAACAAUCUGUCAGGCAGCAGCCGUAUCAACCCGCACCCAGCAACUCCUGGUAUGUAUGAUGGAAUUCCCCUUACUCAGACAUUUUUCGCGUGUGACCCGCCAUCUCAAUCUCCUGAUCCCCCUCUGUACGCUGCUUCCAAUGCACCACCGACUUCCUCUGGAGUGGCACUACAAUCACAACAAAUGGAACAACGCGCUAGUCACAAAUCAGCUGAUUCAUUGUUCAACAUUUUGCAAGCGGGACACGACAAACUAGAUCACGUAGAGCAAUUAUUUUGGCAAUGCGAAGACACAAUUGAUGGCAUUUUCCGCAAGUUCCGUGAUGUGGUACACGACUCUACUCCACAGCAUCGCGCCAUGAUACACACUCGCCAUUUGGAGGAGAACGGCGGGCGCCUUCUGGAGCAGUUUUGAUCCGAUAUAGUGGACUUAGCUCGGCGCUUCCGUGCUCUGUACGCCAUCCCCAGAAUCAAAAAGCAGUGUCGUUUUUGAACCAACCGUGUGGGGUUUUUCCAAUUUUCAUUUUCAAUCUCCACAUCUUUUCUGUUAACGGCUUGGUUUCUGCACGUUCUUUUCCUACUUAUGUUGAUUUUUCACUUAUUGGCGGUGCUACUCUCGUUUCUCUGCUUCAGCUCU